AUGGAGCGCCUGGAAAAGGGAACCGGGAAAAUAUCCCAGUACCGUUCCCAGUACCGUUCCCAGUACCGAUCCCAGUAUCGCAGUCCCGGUUUCCCAGUACCGUUCCCAUUCCCAGUAUCCCGGUACCGUUCCCAGUAUCCCGUAUCCCGGUACCGUUCCCAGUAUCCCAGUACCGUUCCCGUUCCCGUUUCCAUUCCCAGUAUCCCGGCCGCUGAGGCCUCGCCCGGGGGCGGCCGGGGCAGGCCCGGGGCCAAACGCGUCACGUUCCCCUCAGACGAGGACAUCGUGUCCGGGGCCGUGGAGCCCAAGGACCCCUGGAGACACGCCCAGAACGUGACUGUGGAUGAGAUCCUGGCCGCUUACCGCCAGGCCUGCCAGAAGCUCAACUGCCGCCAGAUUCCCAAACUCCUCAAGCAGAUCCAGGAAUUCAAGGAUCUGGCUCCCAGGAUCGACUGCUUGGAUCUCAAGGGGGAAAAGUUGGAUUAUCGCUCCUGCGAGGCCAUGGAGGAAAUCUUCAAACGCCUCCAGUUCCGGCUCCUCGACCUGGAGCAGACCAGCCUGGACGAGGACGGCGCCUCGGCGCUGUUCGACAUGAUCGAGUACUACGAGUCGGCCACGCACCUCAACAUCGGCUCCAACAAACACCUGGGGCCCCGCGGCUGGCAGGCGGCCGCACACAUGAUGAGGAAGACCAGCUGCCUGCAGUACCUGGACGCCCGGGGGACGCCGCUGCUGGAGGCGUCGGCGCCGUUCGUGGCGCGGGCUCUGCGCAUCAGCAGCAGCCUGGUGGUUCUGCACCUGGAGAACGCCGGCCUGGCCGGGAGACCCCUCAUGCUGCUGGCGGCGGCCCUGCGGCUGAACGUCACCCUGCGCGAGCUGUACCUGGCCGAUAACAAACUCUCGGCUCCCGGGGACGCGGCGCAGCUCGGGAACCUCCUGAGGGCCAACGGAUCCCUGCGCACGCUGGACCUGCGCAACAACCACAUCCUGGAUAGUGGCCUGGCGUACCUGUGCGAGGGCCUGCGGGAGCAGCGCCGGGGGCUGCAGACUUUGGUGCUCUGGAACAACCAACUGAGCCACGCCGGGAUGGCUUUCCUGGGAAUGAGCCUGCCGCACACGCAGAGCCUGGAGACGCUGAACCUGGGUCACAAUCCCAUCGGGAACGAGGGCGUCCGGAACCUGAAGAACGGAUUGAUCGGGAACCGCUCCGUGCUGCGCCUCGGCCUGGCCUGCACCAAGCUCACCUGCGAGGGCGCGGUGGCCGUGGCCGAGUUCGUGGCCGAGAGUUCGCGGCUGCUGCGCCUGGACCUGCGCGAGAACGACAUCAAGACCGGGGGGCUGAUGGCGCUGUCGCUCGCCCUGCGCGUCAACCACUCCCUGCUGCGCCUCGACCUCGACCGCGAGCCCAAGAAGGAGGCGGUGAAGAGUUUCCUGGAGACGCAGAAGGCGCUGCUGGCCGAGAUCCAGAACGGCUGCAAGCGGAAUUUCGUCCUGGCCCGGGAAAAGGAGGAGAAGGAGCAGCAGCUCCGGCACUCGGCCUCCAUGCCGGAAAUUUCCGGGAACGAGGAUCCCGAGGAUGAUCCCGGAAUUCCCGGAGGAGCCUCCCCGGAGGAGAACGGGAACGCGGCUCCGGGCGGAGAUUCCAGCUCGGACACGGAGGAGGAGGAGGAGGAUGGGAAGGACUCGAGGGAGGUGCUGGAAUCCUGUGGGAAUUCCGGGAAUUCCGGGAAUGCCGAGCGCAGGAUUUCCGUCUCCAGCCCCGGCAGAGGGAGGAAGGUUUUCGUGGUGACGCGCGUGGAAAACGUUCCCGAGGGAUCUGGGAUCGUUCCCGAUGGAUCCGGAGCCGUUCCUGAGGGAUCUGGGAUCGUUCCUGAGGGAUCUGGGAUCGUUCCCGAUGGAUCCGGAGCCGUUCCCGAUGGAUCCAGAGCCGUUCCCGAUGGAUCUGGGAUCGUUCCUGAGGGAUCUGGGAUCGUUCCCGAGAGAUCCGGGAUCAUUCCCGAGGGAUCUGGGAUCGUUCCCGAUGGAUCCGGAGCCGUUCCCGAUGGAUCCGGAGCCGUUCCCGAUGGAUCCGGGAUCGUUCCCGAUGGAUCCGGGAUUGUUUCCGAUGGAUCCGGAGCCGUUCCCGAGGGAUCCGGGAUCAUUCCCGAGGAAUCUGAGACUGUUCCUGAUGGAUCCAGGGUCAUUCCCGAGAAAUCUGGGAUCGUUCCCGAGGAAUCUGAGACUGUUCCUGAGGGAUCCGGGACAAUUUCUGAUGGAUCUGGAGCCAUUCCCGACGAAUCCAGGGUUGCUCCCAACGGAUCCGGCGGCAUUCCCGAUGGAUCUGGAGCUGCUCCCGAUGGAUUUGGGGAUGUUCCCGAUGGAUCUGGAGCCGUUCCCGACGGAUCCGGUGCCGUUCCUGAUGGACUCGGGGCCAUUCCCGAUGGAUGUGGAGCUCUUCCCGACGGAUCCGGAUCCAUUCCCGACAGAUCCGGGGCCGUUCCCGACGGAUCCGGCGCCGUUCCCGACAGAUUUGGGGCCAUUCCCGACGGAUUUGGGGCCGUUCCCGAUGGAUCCGGGGCAGUUCCCGACAGAUCCGGGGCCGUUCCCGACGGAUCCGGCGCCGUUCCCGACAGAUUUGGGGCCAUUCCCGACGGAUUUGGGGCCGUUCCCGAUGGAUCCGGGGCCGUUCCCGAUGGAUCCGGAUCCAUUCCUGACAGAUCCGGGGCCGUUCCCGACGGAUUUGGGGCCGUUCCCGACGGAUUUGGGGCCGUUCCCGACGGAUCCGGAUCCAUUCCUGACAGAUCCGGCGCCGUUCCCGACGGAUUUGGGGCCGUUCCCGACGGAUCCGGCGCCGUUCCCGACGGAUUUGGGGCUGUUCCCGAUGGAUCCGGCGCCGUUCCCGACGGAUUUGGGGCCGUUCCCGACGGAUCCGGCGCCGUUCCCGAGCUCCCGCGCGCGGCUCCGGCCCCGAUUCCCGAACUGUCGCGGGCGGGCGGAUCCGCGGGAAUUCCCUGCGGGAGCCCUUCCCGGGAUUCGCCGCUUCCCAACGGGCUCAAGGCGGAUUUUGCCCGGGCGCUGCCGGAGCCGGGCCCGGAGGGCGACGGGAAAUCGGGAAUGGGCGAGCACGAGCUGAGCUGCUCCCGGAACGAGCAGGAGCUGCAGGAGCUGCUCCUCGAGGCCAGCCUGGACACGGCUCCGGAGCCGCUCUGAGCGCAGGUUCUGGAAAAGGGGGAGGCUCCGGAGCUUCUCCUCUCUUCCCGCUUCCGCACAAGAUUCCAACCAAACUUCGGGAUUUUUCGGGAUUUUUCUUGGAAAAGAAAAACGGACGGAAAACACAAAACAAAAAAAAAAAAAAAAAAACGGAAAUGAAC